AUGGGGAUGGAGAUGCAAGUGCCAUGGAGUGAGCACGGCUGGCGGCGGGUGGCGGUCUACGGACUUGGCCUGUCGGGUCGGGCGGCGGCCGCUCUGCUGCGCUCGCGCGGGGUCGAGGUGGUGGCUUUCGAUGCCCGCCCGGCCAGCGCGCUGGACCUCGGCCCACUGGCUGGGGACCCGGGUCUCGAACUGCGCCUCGGCGCCGAGCCCGAUCACCUGCCCGAAGGACUGGAUGGCGUAGUGACCAGCCCGGGCGUGCCUUUCGACCGGCCGAUUCUCGAGUUGGCUCGGCGUCAGGGAUUGCCGGUGGUGGCCGAGGUCGAGCUGGCCUUUGCGCUGCUCGAUGGCGAGGUGGUGGCGAUCACCGGCUCGAACGGCAAGAGCACCACCACCGCGCUGGUCGGUGAGCUGCUGCGCCGCGCCGGACGACAGGUCGAGGUCUGCGGCAACAUCGGGCGGCCGUUGGCGGCGGCGGUCGACGGACCCGCCGGCCGGGUGUUCGUGGUCGAGCUGUCGAGCUUCCAGCUCGAGACCGUCGACCAGCUCCGACCGCAGGCUGCGGCGCUGUUGAAUCUGUCGGCCGAUCACCUCGAUCGCCACGGGCUUGGCGAUGUGGCCGUGCUCGGCGGCGACGAUCCGCAGAUCGCGGCCCUGGCGUUGCCCCAGGGGGUCCGGCGGCGGACCUUCGCGCUGCGUGCCGAGGUCGAAGAUGGCUGCCGGCUGCAGGGUGAUCGAGUGGUCGAGCACCAUGGCGACGGUAGUGCUAGCGAGCUGUUCGGCGCUGCGGAUUUGCGGCUGGUCGGCCGGCACAACCUCGAGAACGCGAUGGCGGCUGCGCUGUUGGCCCGAGCGGUCGAGGCCGAGCCAGUGGCGAUCCGCGACGGUGUCGCUGCCUUUGCCGGUUUGCCGCACCGGCUGCAGUGGGUGGUGGAGCGUGACGGGGUGAGCUGGUUCGACGACUCCAAGGGCACCAAUCCCGGCGCCACCGCGCGUUCGCUGGAAGGCUUCGGCGAUGGCUCGAUACACCUGAUUCUCGGUGGCCGUAACAAGGGCGCCGACUUCAGCCAGCUGCGCGAUCUUGUGGUUCAGAAGGCACGCCGGGUGUAUCUGAUCGGUGAGGCGGCGAGCGAGCUCGAAGGCGCCCUCGGCGGGUCGGUCGAUGGGCCGGCGUUCGAAGCCGCGGGCACGCUCAAUCAGGCUGUGGCGUCGGCGUCUCGUCAUGCUGUCGCGGGCGAGGCGGUGGUGUUGUCGCCGGCUUGUGCCAGUUUCGACCAGUUCCGCAGCUUUGCCGAACGCGGCGAGGUCUAUCAGCGGCUGGUGCGCGAGUUCGGCGAGGGGGGUGGCGAUGGCACGUAA